AUGCAAUUAACUCCACUCAUUUCGAAUCACUCGUCUUCGUUACCAAAAGACCCAAAGGGGAGCGCAAGAGCUGAGAAGUAUCGAUCUCCGAAGUACGGGUUCAAGUGGCACGUUCCAAUAUUCUAUCAACUGGAUGAUGAAGCAGUGAAGUUUGAAUGGUUACGCAGAGAUGAACCACUUUAUCUUUCUGCCAACACAGAACGAACGACAAUAGUAGUGAACGCUGAGCGACAUGGAUACUAUAGACAAAAUUAUGACGAGGAAGGCUGGAGAAAAAUAAUCAGACAACUCAAGGAGGACCACAAAAUAUACAGCGCUCGUACGAGGAAUGCCAUUGUCAGUGAUGCUUUCGCCGCUGCAGCUGUGGAUCAUGUCGGCUAUAAGACAGUGCUCGAUCUCAUAGAGUACAUGAAACAGGAAAAGGACUACAUUCCUUGGUCUCCUGCACUCAACGGACUCAAUUAUAUAGGAAGUAAUUUCCAUGACGAGCAAAAUCUGGUGUAUUUCAACGUAACGCUACAUGAGAAAGCUGUUGAAACCGGUAUAUAA